AUGGACAACGUUCUAAAAGAAUAUAGCUUGAUAACCAACCAGAAGAUAAAAUUAAGUUUGAUGUUUCCCAUCAGGGUUAGCAAUCUGCUAAGAUAUUUUAUCGUUAUUUCUUCGUUGUUUAUCCUUGUGCAACUGUACACACAGAUUCAUCAAUUCACAAAGGGUAAUACUACAUUUGGUAACCGAGAAGCAAAGACAGCUAUUGAACAUGUUUUUAUGGAGUCAUGGGAUGAUUAUAUAAAGCAUGCAUGGGGAUUCGACGUUUUUCAUGUGGUUCAAGGAACAGGUAGUAAUAUGGCUGAUAAUGGCAAACCUUUAGGUUGGAUGAUUGUUGAUGCUUUGGAUACGAUGAUGAUUAUAUACAGUGGGACGGAUGAUCCUGAGACAAAACAAAAAUUUCGUGAUUACAUUAUGAAGUCCCAAAACUGGAUUCAAAAUGUAUUAGAUUAUGAUAUUGAUAUAGAGGUUAAUGUUUUUGAGACUACUAUUAGAAUGCUCGGUGGAUUACUUUCUGCGUAUUAUCUUUCUUCUGAAUUGUCGAUCGGCGAUCCUUCAAUUUAUUUAACGAAAGCAAUUUCUCUUGGGGACAGGCUAGUUCCCGCAUUUGCCGACUCACCAAUUGGUAUUCCUUAUUCCAGUAUUAAUUUACACUCAGGCGAAGUUAUAAAAGACCAUGGCAACAGUGGUGCGUCCACAACGGCAGAAAUUACUACUUUACAAUUGGAAUUCAAGUACUUGAGUUACAUAACUGGUAAUGAUACUUAUUGGAGGCUUGCAGAAGCGGUGUACAAACCGGUUUUUGAGGCAAAUGACUACCCAGAAAGUUGGGAUGGGUUGGUGCCAGUUGGGGUCAAUGCUGACACUGGCAUGUUUUGGGGAAGAACUAUUCGUUUAGGCUCUCGAGGCGAUUCAUACUACGAAUAUUUGUUAAAACAAUAUUUACUAACACAUGAAACGCUCUAUCGUGAUAUUUUCGAUAUUGCCAUGGAAGGUGUCAGUAAACAUUUAUUGUUUGCUUCUGUUCCAAACAACUUACUUUUCAUUGCAGCAAAAGAAAAUGGUCUUAACGGACUGCCAUCAUCAAAAAUGGACCACUUAUUAUGCUUCAUAGGUUCAAUGUAUGCUAUGCGUGCGACAGAUGGUCUAACAUACCAAGUUGCAAGCCGACAAAAAUGGUGGGACACCAAUAGAAUAAACUAUUGGAAUUUAGCGGAAGGCCUUACAGAGACCUGCUACAUGAUGUACCAUGAAGUGCCUUCAGGAUUGGCACCAGAAAUUGCCGUUUUUAGGACAAAUACAAGGUUAACUAAUCGAUAUUGGUGGGAAAGUCCUGGCGGUGACUUUUUCAUCAAACCAAAUGACGGUCAUAAUUUACAAAGACCAGAAACAGUUGAAUCAAUCAUGUACAUGUCUAAGUUAUCGGAAGACAACAAAUAUAAAGAAUGGGCUUGGGAAAUAUUUGAGAAUUUCCGCGCUAACUCAUCUUUACUCCGUGAUAAUGGAGCUAUAACAUACACUUGUCUAAAGUCAGUCACACAGGAGAAGCCAUAUAUCCCAAUCGACAACAUGGAAAGUUUUUGGCUUGCUGAAACUUUGAAAUAUUUAUACUUAACCUUCCAUCCUGCUUUUGACCUCAAGAAAAUUGUGUUCAAUACAGAGGCGCACCCUUUCCCCGUAAUGGAUCCAGUGAAAUUACAGUCAAUGAAUUUGGAUACUGGCUGGUCUCUACAUCAUAACUAA